AUGAGUAAAUCAUAAAGGAGUGGAAUCAAAAUAUAAAGAAAUACUAAGAUUUGAAGGGAAAUUGUUAAUCAAAUUCUAUCUCAAUUAAAUUUGAUUAACACUUUGCAUAAAUAUGGUAACAAAUAAAUUUAGAGUUGAAAGAUAUAAUUUUUAAUUUUUCCCAUUUUUGAAUAGUUAAUAAAGGGAGCUGAAUAGCCAACAGAAAAUAGCAAGGUGGGAUGACUGAGAAAUUAAAUAAAAAAGGAUGCCUUAAUUAAGGUAUUAAGGGAGGGAGAGAGAGAUUUGUCUUUAUAUAUAUAUAUAUAUAUAUAUUAGGUGGCAGACCCAUAUUUUUAGGAGUUUGAUUAGAAGAAUUACAAUUAAUGGUCAUAAAAUAAAAUUUAAACUUGACAUAAUUAGCCGACGCCCAUCAUUUAUAAGGUAGUUUUUUUUUUUUUUUUUUCAUUAACCCAUUAUUUUAGCAGUUAUUUUUUUUCUUAAUUAUGAAUUAUUUUUAGAAAUAUUUUAAUUUAGAAUUUAGGAGUCCAAUCAUUGUGUUCUUAAAUAAAAUUUCAUUUCCUUAUAAAGUGAGAACCUUCGAUGUAAAGUUAAUGCACAACCUAAGUCAUUUCAACUUUCACUUAUAUAUAAGCUGUGGUGUAUUUUUGAACACAUAAUCAAAGAGUGGGAGAAUGUAUACUAGAAACUUUUUUGAUGUACCAAUUGUAUUUUGUUUCUUAUUGACCUAGCUCAUUUUCAUGCUUACUUAUCUUGGAGCCAAUGGCUUUAGCAUCAAGCUCAUCCCAAGACACUCUAUUGAUUCAAUGCUCUUUCCAAAAAAUCUAAGCCUACUAGAAAAACACUUCAGAAUUGCUAAGCUUUCUAAAGCUCGAGCUCUGCAUUUCGAAUCCAUGGGUUUUGUAGAUGCGAUCAACUCAACAAAGCAAGGCAUUGAAGCGCUACAACCUAAGAUAGAGUAUUCCUUGGGAAAUUUUUAUAUAGCUCAAAUGAACAUUGGCACACCACCAUACUCUGCAUUAUUGCUAUUGGAUACUGGUACCAAUAAUACAUGGGUUCAAAGCUGCUAAGUGCGCCAUAUGUUUCCCCUUAAAAUAUGAAGGUUUCGAUUACCGUUAAGUCUGAAACAUACUAUGCUGCAGCUUGUAAACAUCCCCUUUGUGUUCCCAAAAUAUGUAAAAAUAACAUGUGCCUUUAUGAGUCCGUAUAUAUUAAUCGAUUCAGUUCCACUAAGGGUAUUCUUUCGAUUGACACAUUCACAUUCCCUUCCAAUGAGGAAUCUGUAAGCUUCCCAGAUUUAGUUUUUGGUAUGGGCUAUGAAAAUCAAAAUAUUAAAUUUAGUCAAAAAAUGGGAGGUGAGAAUGUAAUAGCAGGAAUUUUGGGUAUGGGAUCAGGAAGACGAUCAAUCCUAAGCCAACAACAGUCGGUGACCAACCUACGUUUCUCAUAUUGCCUUCCUUCAUGGAACAAUGAAGCGGGAACCUACACAUAUUUACGUUUUGGCGAUGAUGCACAAAUUAGUGGAAAUACUCAAACAAUGGUACAAUCGAUACCAAUGUUACCCAAUGUAAAUAGAUACUUUGUGACAGCGUUGAGUAUUUUCAUGAAUGAAGUGCUGCUUCCAAUAGAUGUAACUGUGUUUCGAUUGAGAGCUGAUCGUACUUAUGGAUUUGUUAUUGAUUCAGGAAGUGGAGCAACUUUUCUUGUUCCGCAAGCAUAUAACGUUAUCAAAGAAGAGAUGAUUAAAUACUUCUUGGCAUAUAACUGGCAUCCCAUGGAGAUAUCAGGCCUAGUACCAUAUGACCUUUGUUAUAAUGUCAUACCAAGUGGAGAUCAAAAAUUACCAACAUUAAAAAUUCGUUUUAUUGGAGCAGACCUUGAUCUAGAUUCUAAACGAAUCUUCGAGGUAAUUGACAAUAUGUUGUGCAUGAUUAUCAUGCCUAUUGAGCGAGGACCAAGUCUUCUAGGGGCGUUUCAACAAGUAGAUUAUCGAUUCUUGUUUGAUGUUAAAGCCUCUUUAUUGUCGUUUGUCCCUGAGAAAUGUCAAUUUAAUUAGAAGGAAAAAAAAAUUGAAUAAAAAAACUC